AUGAAAGAUCCAUACCUCAUGCUUUCGUUGCUAAUUCCUGGCCCAAAAGCACUAGGCAACGAUAUCGACGUGUAUCUACGCCCUUUAAUUGAAGAACUGAAGUUUCUAUGGGAAGUGGGUGUCAAUACAUACGAUGCAUUUGCAGAUCAAUCGUUUCGAUUACAUGCAGCAUUACUUUGGACCAUUAAUGACUUCCCAGCGUAUGCUAAUCUUUCUGGGUGGAGCACAAAGGGGAAAUUGGCAUGUCCUACGUGUAAUGGUAGUACGGAUUCAUUGUGGCUGGUCCAUGGGCGAAAGCACUGCUACAUGGGUCAUCGGCGGUGGUUGUUGCCAGGGCACAGGUGGAGAUCUAAAAAAGUUGAAUUUAAUGGUAGUACUGACCAUUGGCAAGCACCUAUACAUUUGUCGGGAGAGGCUAUCUUGGAACAAUUGAGAGAAUUGCAAGAUGUACAGUUUGGUAAGUUAUCAAAAAAGAGGAAACGCAUGGCCAAUGAGUUGAAUUGGACCAAAAAAAGUGUAUUCUUUGAGUUGCCUUAUUGGAAAUCCUUGAAAUUGAGGCAUAACCUAGAUGUCAUGUAUAUUGAGAAGAACAUAUGCAAUAGCGUAUUAGGAACUUUGAUGGAUAUUGAGGGAAAAAGCAAGGACAUAGCCAAUGCCCGUUGGGAUUUGGCCAACCUAGGCAUACGGAAAGAAUUACACUUACAGCAAGAUGGCGAUAGUUGUUCAAUGAGACUGGCUUUGGUGAUUAGUGGCUACUUAACCAGUGAUGUACGACAAGCUUUGACUAAGUUAAGUUCAUUCUUCAAGAAAUUGUGUGCACGAGCAUUAAACAUUGAUGUUCUGCACCGCCUACAAACUGAUAUCUCUCUUAUUCUUUGCAAGUUGGAAAUGAUAUUCCCACCUGCAUUCUUCGAUAUAAUGGUGCAUCUUGCUAUUCACUUGCCACAAGAGGCAUUGCUUGCUGGACCUGUCCAGUAUAGGUGGAUGUAUCCUUUUGAACGGUAUCUAGGGAAGUUCAAGCAUAAUGUAAAAAAUAUGGCAAGACCUAAAGGCUCAAUUGCUGAGGCCUAUAUUCAUGUUGAGUGCCUUACAUUUUGUUCGAUGUAUCUCCAUGACAUUGAGAUGACUUUUACUAGGGAAGAGCGAAAUGUGGAUGUUGGUCCAGACCAUAUACUGGGUAGUAUGAGUGUAUUUUUUCAAAAGGUGAGACCAAUGGGUUCGUCCUCCACUGAUAGAUUGGAUGAUCAGCUAUUUGCAAAAGCUAAGUGUCAGCACUAUAACAAGAUUAAAGAAGAGGACCCAACAAUGUUGAUCAUUCAAGAAUUGUGUAUCUUGAAUCCAGAUGAAGUUACAAAUGAACUUUAUGCUCUUGCUUGCGGACCAGAUCCUUGGGUGGGAUUAUAUAGUGGAUGCAUCAUGAAUGGAAUUCGGUUUCACACAAAAGACCGUGAACAACAUCGACGCAGCCAAAAUAGUGGGGUGGUUGUUACUGGGGUACAUCAGUCGAUGCCGGUUGAUUUCUAUGGGGUGUUGAAAGAGAUCCUUGAAUUAAGCUACAUGGGGUGGCAUCUUGUGUACUUGUUUAAAUGUGACUGGUGGGACGUUGGUGAUCAUAGACGCGGCAUUCAUGUAGGGGACCAUCUUACAAAUGAUAGUGUGGUGGGGAAUUGGCAAGUGGUACAAAAGAUAACCAAUAGGAAUGUCUAUGACAUUCCACCCGUCCCAACUGCAUUGUAUGAUGGUGAGGACUCCUUUGAAGGUUAUGCAUUUCAAGAGGAAGAAGCUAGUAUUGAAGAUUUCCCAAUCAAUGAAAGUGAUACUGGCUUGGGAAACACAUUGCAUCGGGAGGAUGAAGAACUAAUUGUUGUUAAUGAGGUAACUACGCUACCUCGUUCUACUCCCGACGAUGCCGACCAAACUUUUAUUGAAGAUGAUGUGGAUGGUGACGACUAUGGCAAUCAUCCCAAUACUGACCAUUAUGAGUCUGAGAAUGAGGACGACUCCCAAUCGAAUUCUGAAACAGAAUCUGAAUAA